UCAUCAACUUCUACGGUUUUAAAAUCUUCUAAAGAGAUGGAAACUAGUGUGGGCUCCUGGAGCCCAGCGGACUCAGACCCCUCUGAGUUCGAGUUCCCCGUGCUUGACUAUGAUGAUUACACCCAUUAUCUACUUGACGGAGACCCGUACGCCCCGGGCUACGCACCAGAUCCGCCUGCAUUGACUUGUACUCCUGAGCCUACUCCCGCUACUGUCUCACCGGUGGUACCAGUUUGGUCCCCCGUCCCCGUCGAGCCGAUGUGUCCUUUCGACGCCCUCCAAGCCAGCUAUGGGUUCUACCCCAUAGAGAUCCUACCCGGUAGCAACCCUCUCGAGUUUGUGGUCCACUAUCCUUACCCGUGGGAUCCGAGUCCCCCGGACUACCACGACGAGUGGAUGAUGUAUAUGAACACGUGCCGGUUUCUAGACCACAUCAUGUGGUUUGAGGGUGAGUGGCACGUUGUUUGGGGCACCUACACGGGCCCAGUGUACCACUCGUUAGACUAGGUAGUGUCUAGAGUGGGGAGUGCAGUCAGUUCUUUUGUGUACAUAUCUUUUGUAGCGGUGCCAGUUCUAGAAUGACUAUCAAGGCCGGGUCUAACUAAACUCUUUUGGUGGGUUGUAUCUUAAACCUUGGUUCUUUUGGUAGCUCGUUUAGCUACACUUAAUCAAUGCCAUGAAAAUGCACUUUAUUUUGAUGGUUA